UUCUAAAGCACUACAGAAACGGUGUGGGUCAAAACGAAGAACCUGUUCUUGUGUUUACAUUCUAGUUUGGCGAUAGGAGGAGCAAGAAUACAUGUGGGUGAUAAAUAAAAGAGUGGAGAGAGAUGCUAUUUAAAAAAAAAAAAAUCUUCACUAGAAUGUAAUCUCCAGCAGGGCAAGAAACGUAACCGGUAUUGCUCGUUAUUAUGUUCCCCAUGCUUGGAAUAGUGCCCGGCAACAUUAACAGACUUUCAGUAUUGAAUAAAUGUGGGUCAUAGAGAAAUUCGUUUAAAAAUACCCUCUCCCCCAGCUUUUUAAAAUAGAAGUCGGUAAGCAGUUCAUCUUUACCUGAAAUAGGGAAAAAAGGAAGUCAGUAAUCCCCGAUCAGAAAUUUUUAAAAAACUGGGUAUCAUCUGAUAAGACUUGGUCCUCACUUAAGUAUUAUCGGCUAGGCCAGGUUAACGUCCAGCCGGUAUCUGGUAGCCUAGAUAACCAGCGGCGUUUAUUUAGUGAACGUUCUAAGUACAGCAAAGCUACAUACCCCUGGAGCACUGUGUUUAGCUUCUGCGAGUCCCAAAAACGUAAUGUUCGCUGAAUGAAAUGGUCAAACAAUAAAUAGCGACUCCACGGCAAAAGUACUUGGGAGAGCGGCCCCGUUUAGGGUCUCGGUGAAAGGGACAAAACACUUUCUCUACGAACUGGCACUAACUCUGGCUUGUGGGCCUGGCCCAAAACCCAUAAUGGCUCCAAAACGCCCGGCUGUAGACACCAGUAGUUUAACCGGGAGGAACCCGAAGACACGUUUUGCACGUGCGUCACCAUCUCUGCGCGCCCCCGCCCACCAGUUGUCUAUAGGCUUCUAUUGGUUGACUCGCGGAAGGUCCGCCCCCUAGAAGAAGCGGCUGGAAAAAAUCCCGGCGGCCGGGUCAAAUAACCGUAACUGACCUGACGUCAUUCCGCAGCCAAUCCCAAGCAGCGGUCUUUAGCCUUGUCCAAUGAGAUCCGGCACGAGUUUGGCCCGCGGAGUUUGAUUUUCGUCCAGGAAGGCGGAAGUGGCGCCGGUCCUGGGAGGGAGUCGCAGGGUGGGUGGGGAACGCAGGAGGGAUAAGGCUGAGCGAGGGGAUUCCAGUGCCCAGUCCCGGGUCGGUGGGGGGCGGUCGUUACUGUCUGUGGCCUGCAAACUGUGCCGCGCGGGCCGACUUGAGUCGUCGUCCGAGCUCUCCUGUACCGGGACGGGUGCACCACGAGCUUCGCAGACUGCGGAUUCGCGGCAGCUUGAUGUUCCGGUGGUUGCUCGGAGGUUCGACUUGGGAGGAGGGUGAGCAAGGCGACCAAGCUGGGUUGGAGAGCCUCUGCGGAGGCUUGCGGCCAAAGCGAGUGACGCGACGGCCUGUUUCUGGGUAUCAAGAAACGAUAAUGUUUCCUUGAAUUCGCUUAUCUAUUUGUCUCCUCAAUGUCACUCAUAUUGAAUAUCUUAAGAGAAAUGCUGGAAUAUUUUGGUGUUCCCAUAGACCAGGUUUUGCAGAUUAGAGAAAAUAAAGACUAUGGAUCAGCUCGGAGUAUUGUUCGUAUUAUUGGGAAAAUUCUUCCUCUAGAACCUUGUCCCAGGCCUAAUUUUGAGUUGAUCCCACUGUUGAACUCUGUAGACUCUGGUAACUCUGGAUCUGUAGUUCCAUCUUUUGCUGAUACUCUGUGUGUGGCAAAUGAUGAAGAAGCCAGUUAUCUCAGAUUUCGACAGAGUAAACGAAUGAAAAGUGACGGGACUGUAGGUGAAGCUGCAUUUAAAAAGAUAACUGCCCUUGAAGAGGAGCUGACUUUUCUUCGCACCCAGAUCGCUGCCAUCGUGGGAAGGCAGGAACUGAAAGCCAGUAGGCAUGUGGGCUUCUUUGACUUGAAUGAUGAGCCUCGUGGUUUGGGACAAAGACCAUCACCAGGGACUACUGAACUGAGUGCCCAGCCAGAUCCAUUUUCAAGUUCAAUGCUUUUUCCUCCUCCUCCUCCUCCUCUUCCUCCUCCACUGCCCCCUCAGCAUUUUUCUCCACAGCCGACCUGUUCUCCUCUCACACAGUCAGGAUCUAAUAAUAUGUGUGACUCAGAUAAUUCCGCAAAUGAAAUGAAAAAACAGCACCCGGCUGACAGUAAGACCAAUUACAGUCAUUCAAAAAACCAGAAAAAUAAAGAUGUUCCAAACAUGUUGGAUGUACUAAAGGACAUGAAUAAGGUUAAACUUCGUGCUAUUGAACGGUCACCUGGAGGUAGACCCAUUCAGAAGAGGAAAAGACAAGAUUCACAUUGGGAUCCAGUGUCUUUAAUAUCCCAUGCACUUAAGCAGAAGUUUGCAUUCCAAGAAGAUGAUUCCUUUGAGAAAGAAAAUAGGUCUUGGGAACCUUCUCCGUUUUCUAGUCCAGAAACUUCAAGAGUGAGCUAUAAUAAUGUAAAGCUAGUGUUUUAAUUUUUCUUAAGUAUGUCAUUCAUGAUACAUCUUCGCCUUCACGUUCUCUUGAAGUACUUGCACAGAAUGGGCCGUGUGGUUGUUGGCUGGUACCGUGUCUGUUUCUGUGGUUUCUGUUCCCUUUCACACAUUCCUUUUAGCUUUUUGGCUUACUAUGAAGUUUUUUUAAAUAAAACACUUGAUUUGAAAAAUA